AUGGCGCAGGCGGAGAGCGAGCGCAUGCGCGUGGUCAUGUUCCCGUGGCUGGCGCACGGCCACAUCAGCCCGUACCUCGAGCUGGCCAAGCGCCUCAUCGCCAGCGCCUCCGACGGCCACCACCUAGACGUCGUCGUCCACCUCGUCUCCACGCCGGCCAACCUCGCGCCCCUCGCGCACCACCAGACGGACAGGCUCAGGCUCGUGGGGCUCCACCUGCCGGCGCUCCCUGACCUCCCGCCCGCGCUGCACACCACCAAGGGCCUCCCCGCCCGCCUCAUGCCCGUCCUCAAGCGCGCCUGCGACCUCGCCGCGCCGCGCUUCGGCGCGCUCCUCGACGAGCUCUGCCCGGACAUCCUCGUCUACGACUUCAUCCAGCCGUGGGCGCCGCUCGAGGCCGAGGCGCGCGGCGUCCCGGCGGUCCACUUCGCCACCUGCGGCGCCGCCGCCACGUCGUUCUUCAUCCACUGCCUCAAGACGGACCGGGCCCCCAGCGCCUUCCCGUUCGAGAGCAUCAGCCUCGGCGGCGCCGACGAGGACGUCAAGUACACGGCGCUGGUCGCCGUCCGCGAGGACAGCACCGCCCUGGUUCCCGAGCGCGACCGCCUGCCGCUCAGCCUGGAGCGCUCGUCCGGGUUCGUGGCCGUCAAGUCCUGCGCCGACAUCGAGCGCAAGUACAUGGACUACCUGUCCCAGCUCUUGGGCAAGGAGAUCAUCCCCACCGGCCCGUUGCUCGUCGACUCCGGUGGGUCGGAAGAGCAGCGCGACGGCGGGCGCAUCACGCGGUGGCUCGACGGCGAGGAGCCUGGCUCCGUGGUGUUCGUCUCCUUCGGCAGCGAGUACUUCAUGUCGGAGCGCCAGAUGGCGCAGUUGGCGCGCGGGCUGGAGCUCAGCGGGGUGCCCUUCCUGUGGGCGGUGCGGUUCCCGAACGCAGAGGACGACGCCCGCGGCGCGGCGAGGUCCAUGCCGCCGGGGUUCGCGCCCGCGCGCGGGCUGGUGGUGGAAGGGUGGGCGCCGCAGCGGCGCAUCCUGUCGCACCCUUCCUGCGGCGCGUUCCUGACCCACUGCGGGUGGAGCUCGGUGCUGGAGUCGAUGGCGGUGGGGGUGCCGAUGGUGGCGCUGCCGCUGCACAUCGACCAGCCGCUGAACGCCAACCUCGCGGUGGAGCUGGGCGCGGCGGCCGCGCGCGUGAAGCAGGAGCGGUUCGGGGAGUUCAUGGCGGAGGAAGUGGCGUGGGCGGUGCGCGCGGCUGUGAAGGGGGAGGAAGGGGAGGCGGCGAGGCGCCGCGCGAGGGAGCUGCGGGAGGUGGUGGUGCGGAACAACGGCGACGGCCGGCAGAUCGCGACGCUGCUGCAGAGGAUGGCGCGGCUCUGCGGCAAGGGCCAGGCCGUGCCAAAUUAG